UGUCUCAAAAUUUAUUCCCUCAGUCUACAUAAGGUAGAUGUUUCUUAAAGUGAUAUUUGUUAUUUAAGUAACUGUAAUAGAGGUCAAUAUAGGCAAUAUUUGUCUGAAGCACUUGAUAAGGCCUACACUGCCGUUUUGGAUGGCAUGGCUAUCAGGAAAGCUGCCAGUACAUUCUCCGUUCCCUUUGCAACACUCCAUGAUCGAAUAAGUGGCAAGAUUUCUAUUGACUGUUGUACAGUUGGACGGGACCAGCUUUUGUCUAUGGAAGAAGAAAAGGGAUUGGUGUCACAUAUUGAUGCUAUGGCCAACUUUGGAUAUGGGUACACUCGAGCUGAAGUUACCACUCUAGCUACAGAUCUUGCCAUUCAUCUGGGAAAGAAGUCACAUGACGACAAGCCCCUAUCACUUCAGUGGUUUUACAGUUUCAUGAAGAGAUGGCCUGACCUACGUGUGAAGAAACCACGUUCACUAGAACUACAGCGGGCAAAAGCAACAUCUGAAGAAACUGUAACACGUUACUUCGAUGAGCUUGGACACAUUAUGAAUAAAUAUAACUUGAAGAACAGCCCUCAUUGUAUCUACAAUGUUGACGAGAAAGGUCUUGUCGAGAACCACUCUCCUCCAUCAGUCAUUUCAUCCAGCCAGUCUACACCAGUUGCAGUUGUAUCCCCUCGAUCAAGUACAACAACCGUUAUUGGUUGCGGAAGUGCUUUCUGGACAAUCCAUUCCACCAUACUUUGUCUUCAAGGGGCAACGGAUGCGCGAUGAACUGAUGACAGGAUGUACACCUGGAUCAACCGGCACUG